AUGUCCCCCCCCCCUCUCUCUCUCUCUCUCUCUCUCUCCAGAGGUGUGGCACGGGCAUGGGGCCAGGCGUAUUUCGGGGCGGGGUCAGGCAGGGUGUGGCUGGAUGAGGUACGCUGUACGGGAAAUGAGCUGACCCUGGAGCAGUGUCCUAAAGCUGCCUGGGGAGAACACAACUGUCUCCACUCUGAAGAUGCAGGGGCCUCCUGUACCCCUCUUGCUGAUGGCUCAGUGCGGUUGUCUGGGGUUAGUGGGAGCAGUGAGGGCAGACUGGAGGUGUCCUAUAGAGGUCAGUGGGGGACGGUGUGUGACGAUGGAUGGACUGACUCUAACACACAGGUGGUGUGUAGACAGCUGGGGUACAGAUCAGGGGAGUCUCCUCCUCAUGAGGGGUCAGAGGUCAGCCCAGGUGGGCAGUUUCCGGCGGGGUCAGGCCCCAUCCUAUUGGACGAUGUGAGCUGUACGGGGAAGGAGCCUAACCUAUCACUGUGCAGCAGGAGGGAGUGGCUUAGACACGACUGUUCCCACAAGGAAGAUGUCAACAUCCGCUGUAGGGACAAACUCACACACACCCUCCCCAGUGUCCCGGUGAGGCUGGUAGGAGGGGAGAGCGUUAAGGAGGGGAGAGUAGAGGUGUACUUCCAGGGGGUCUGGGGGACGGUGUGUGACGAUGGAUGGACAGACAGAGACGCAGAGGUGGUGUGUCGACAGCUGGGAUACAGUGGCGUGGCAAAGGCCCGUGUGAUGGCGUAUUUUGGCGAGGGGGAGGGGCCUAUCCAUGUGGACAACGUGAAGUGCUCUGGCGAGGAGCGUUCGUUGGUCGACUGCCUCAAACAGCCAACCGGGACGCAUAACUGUCGCCAUAGCGAAGAUGCCGGGGUCAUCUGUGACUACGGCCAAUCACAGCUCAGCGAUACAGAGGGCAAAGAUCCUGUGUGUGGGUUGAGGCUGGUACAUACACGCCAACGCAGAAUCAUAGGAGGAGAAAACUCACUGAGGGGAGGCUGGCCAUGGCAGGCUGCAGUGCGUCUAAGAGGCUCUCGGGGGGACGGCAGGUUGGUGUGUGGAGCGACUCUCAUCAACUCCUGUUGGAUACUCACCUCAGCUCACUGCUUUAAGAGGUAUGGGAACAGUACUAAACAGUACAAGGUGAGGGUUGGGGACUACCAUUCUCUGGUUCCAGAGGAGUUUGAGGAGGAGUACGCCGUCGAUCAGAUCAUCCUGCACCCUAGCUACCGUGCCCAUAGCAAUGACUAUGACCUGGCGUUGGUGCGUCUGUCGCCGGGCGUGGCGGGGAAGGGCCGGGGCCGCUGCGUGACGUUCAGUCGGAACGUCCUGCCCGCCUGCCUGCCGCUCCGCAAGGAGAGAGUCCUGAAACAGGCUUCCAACUGUCACAUCACAGGCUGGGGGGACACAGGUCGGUCCUACUCUAAGACCCUCCAGCAGGCUCCUCUCUCCCUUCUCCCCCGUCGUCACUGCCAACAGCGUUACCAUGGAGCCUUCACUAGCCGCAUGCUCUGUGCCGGGACAGACAGCCAAUCAGAGCGCCGCGUGGACAGUUGCCGUGGGGACAGCGGCGGCCCGUUGGUGUGUGAGCGUCCGGGCGGAGGGUGGGUAGUGUACGGUGUGACAUCAUGGGGUCACGCCUGUCGCAUGCAACACUCACCUGGCGUCUACACUAAAGUCUCCGCCUUCACACCCUGGAUACACAAGGUGAUUGGACAAUGAGAGGGAUACAGGAACUGUAUCUCUAAGGUGAUUGGACAAUGGGAGGAAUACAGGAAGUGGAUCUGCAAGGUGAUUGGACAAUGGGAUAGGGGCAUGAAGGGACGACAGCCAAUGUGAGACAGUGGUAGAUAACGGACUGGCCAAUUGAGAAGGACUAUAUUUGGAGCUUGUGAUUUGAUUGGUCAGUGAAAGUGGUUUCAAACCAGUUGAAAGGCUUGACCAAUCUCCCCCCUGUCUCUCUUUCAUAACCACCCCUCCCUCCUUUUUCUUCUCUCUCUUCCUCCUCUUCCC